CCACUUUACAGUGUGCAACAGUGAAGUGUGUGUAAAUAGUAAGGUUUAAAUUAAAGGUCUGGUUUUAUGUUGUUGGUGCGAAUGCGAACGAGUACGAGUUAUAUUCGUGUAAAAUCACGAUACAAGUUCACUUAAGUGGAGUAAAAUUCGUACAUGUGCUUGUUUGUGUUAGCAUAGCUGACGUUAGCUGGUUAGCAGGUAACCUUGGCAAUAGAGAUCCAUAGGCUGAAAAUGGCAGCAGCAUUGACUCGAGCUUUAAAUGUUAUUUGGGCAAAGAACCUGUCAUUGGUUUCAUCGUGGCCAGUGAAUAUGGGUUGUCGAAGCAUGUUUACCAGAUCUCGUAUUCCUGCACAGGUAUUUGAAGAGCGCUCAAAAGAACAUGAAAAAUAUGGUGGUGAUCCAGAAAACCCACAUAAAUUACAUGUAGUGACCAGAAUCAAAAGCACAAAACGACGACCUUACUGGGAAAAAAAGGUGGUGAAGAGUUUAGGAUUAAUGAAGUCACAUGAGCCCAGAGUCCAUAAGAACACACCAUCAGUGAACAACCAGCUGAAAAUUAUCAAGCAUCUAGUCAGGAUUGAACCGUUGAAGCUACCCAAUGGACUACCUUCAGAACAAGAAAUGAAAGAUUCUUAUCUAAACAGUAAAGGAGAGCUGGUGGUAGGACGUCGUCAAAUGCCUGCAGAACAGAAACCUGUAGAGUUGUAGCUCCUCAUCUUUUGUACCUCACUGUGGUUGUCUUGGGUUUCAUUAAAUAUUUCAAGUGUAUCAAGA